CCCGCGUGCUGGACCCGCCGCCUUCCCUCUCCGCGGCGCGCCGCCACCUAGCUGCCCCCGCCCGCCGCCUGGCGCUAGGGGGGGCCGCCUCGCUGCAACUGCGGCUGGAGGCGGGCGCGCCGCGGGCGCCGCCGCAGCUGCCGGGCGGUGUGGCGUUCCUGGGCCCGCCGGAGGUCGUGGGGGAGCUGCGGGAGGGCUUCUUCGAGCGGUUGCACUUGUGGAGCGAGGAGAGGGACCUGGUUGACAACCUGGAGCUGCUGUUGGGCCAGCAGCUGCCGCCGCCCUCACCGCUACACCACCAGGAGCAGCAGCACCCCACCACGGGAGCGUAUGGCUCAUGUGAUGCUGCUGAAGGCGAGCCG